UAGCAUUUGCAAACAAAUUGAAGUUUAAUUAUAAAAAAAGUUUUUAAAAUGACUAGCAAGGAAUCCAAAGCUUUGAUUAAGGAUAUACGUGACAGCAUAAAGUUAGCUAAAUAUAACGAUGCCAUACACAAGUGCAAUCGCCUACUUAAAGCUGAGCCCAAGAAUAAUAUGGCCUACCUGUUGCUGGGAGCUGCCUACCAAAGCGUUGACAAAGCUGAGGCAACAAAGUUCCUCAGAAAGUCUAUAGAAUAUACCGAGGGACCAGCAACUGUGGCGCUGCAAGGUUUGGCAAAUUGCGCACCGGCAGAAGAACUGCCAGAAAUUUACGAUCAGCUGGUGGAUUUGCUGCCUGAAAAAAGCUUGGAUUACUAUGAAAAGUUAUUUGGCUUGGCAGCAAAUGCAGCUUUGUCUCUAAGUUGUUUAAGUCUAUUCAAGAAGCGAGCGCUCAUGCACGAUGACAACAAAAAGCUACAGGAGUACAUGGGCAGAAUAUGGCUUACCAAUGACAUAGAGGUUACGGCAGGAGAAAGUGAACUUUAUAAAAACAGCAUGGAAACUCUUUUGAGCCUAGGAGAUGCCAGUCUACAGUGCAUGGUCUACAAGCGCUAUUUAAAAUGGCUGUAUAAGCAACAGGAUUUUGUUUCUUGUGUGUGUCACGCCGUCAACAUGACAACAACUCAUCCUCGCGAUGUUUAUGGCUAUGAAUGGAUUUGUAAAACUUACUGCGAAUAUCACAAUGAGCCCCAAAGCGAAUCUUGGCAAAAACAACUAAAGGCACCUAUACUAAGCUACGCUGUGCAGCUUCUGGAACUCAAUCCCAAAUCAAAUUUGGCAUUGUUAGUAAAGGCUUUCGAUGCAUAUGAAAAGCAACAGUUUUUGAACGCUAGGCAGUUUGCUCUCCAAUCACAACAACACUUUGCGAGCUACAAGCCAACGCUGAAGCUGCUGGCAUAUAUACACAUGCAAUUCGGCGCCUAUAAAUUGGCCUUGUUGCUCUGGCAAGAGCUUGGACUGAAAAAUGAAGCAUAUGCAGAGUGUCUAUCAUAUGAAAAUGAUACGCAGAAGCUAAAUGAUGCGGUGGCGCUGCUUAGUAAAUCUGAGCAAAGUCCAGCUAAUGUGAAUGCAUUGGCCCGCUGUUACCAUAAGUUUGGAGAAGAACAGAAAUUGAAAGGCUUACCACUGGAUGUCGUUGCGCAAGCGGAAUUUUUACUCUCACCCGCUGAAGCCUUAGAGUCCCUCGCUGGCAAUACAUCAUUUGAAGCGCUAAUGCUGGCUGGAAAGCUGCAGCUUAAACAAAAACAGUUUGCAGAGGCUUUAAACUGUAUGUUGCAGGCUACACGAUUACGUCCAUACAGCUCGCAAUGCUUUGAGCACUUGGCACACUUAUAUCAGCUUAAUGGAGAUAUUCCACGCGCUCGCAAAUGCUAUGAGAAGUGCAUUAGUUUAAAUGCGCUAGCCCAAUCAGCUGUGGAUGCGUUGAGUUCAAUCUAUCAACAGUUGGGCGAAGAGGAGCUUAAUGAGGCUUUGCUUCUGAGCACGUUACGUCACCUGAGCAGUGAUGAUGCUGUGCGUUUGCAGUAUAAGCUGGGUUUGCACUUUCUGCAAGUCAAGAAAUGGGAUAAUGCUAUACAAUGUUUUCGCAUUGCCAUUAAGCACGACUUUCGUUGUAUGGUCUACUGGGAAUCUUUGGGAGAUGCCUAUGUGGCAAGAGGUUCUUACAAUUCUGGCAUAAGAGUAUUUCAAAAAAUAUUGGAGCUAACGCCAGAGAAUUCUUAUGCGUUGUUGCAAAUAGCAUUAAUACGAACAAACAUACGGAUGUAUCCAGAGGCUAUUGCCGACUUUGAAACACUUUUAACGAAACAGCCUGCCUACUUGCCUGCUUUGAAAGGGGCUGCCGAAGCUCACAUAGGCCUAGCCAAUAAUCUUAAAUCACAGAAUCUUUACGGUCGCGCUAAGCAGCAUAUGCAACUAGCUAUGGAUCAUCUGCAAACUGCAUUUUUACAACCCAAGGCACAAGGCAUGGUCUGGUUAUGGCGCCUAACGGCGUGUGUGUUUGUACAAACAUCGCAGCUGCCACAGUCGCUGGCUAAUUUGGAUGUAGCUGGGAGCUUGGCUAAGCGCGAAGAGACAAUUGCUUAUCUAUCACGCAAAGAUCUGCUACAGUUGGCACAAAGAUUCUUUUUAUGCGCAUUGAAACUUAAACAAAAUACGUUUCUCUGGUAUGAAUUGGCGAUUUGUAGCUACCUUUAUGCUUUGUAUAUGCCAGAGGAGGCGAAAACACAUCUAGAGACCUCUGCCAAGGCUUGCAAAAUGGCCAUUAAGGAGUGCAGCAGUCGCUGGCAAAAUUGGAAUCUGUUGGGCGUCAUUAACAUGCAUACCGUACAUGAGCAAUUGCCUGUGGCUCAGCAUUGUUUUAUACAAGCUAUAGAAUUGGAUCGCAAAUCGUACACUUCUUGGACUAACUUAGGCGUGCUCUAUAUUAAAGUGGGAAACAUACGUCUAGCGAAUGAAGCUUUCAAGCGUGCACAACAAUCAAGUCCCAUUUAUGCAAACGCAUGGAUAGGGCAGGCUUUGGUAGCAGAGACUAUCGGUGAACAGGAGGAAGCGUUUGAUUUGUUUAGACACUGCCAGCAGUUUGAUUAUCAUCCAGAGGCAGCUUUGGGCUUUGCACACUGGGUUUGUUAUGUGCUAUCAGAUCCGCAGCUACGCUCUAAGCCACAUAAUAAGCAUGCAAUAGACCAUAUGCAUGCGGAUAUCUAUGCUUUGGAUGCCAUAAAUUGGUACGUGCAAAAUGAGGAGGCAGAUGCAAGCGUUUCAUCGCUUACAUUUCAAGGAUUUUUAUGCGCACGUCAGCACCUUUAUAAGCAAGCGAUAAACGCCUUCACCCGCGCCUGCCAGCUCUGCGAGCCUGGAGAGAAACGUGACAAGCUUUACACAAACUUAGGCUAUCUGUAUUUGAAGCUUGGUCAGCCGGAUCUGGCGGUUAUCGCUCUAAAUACCGUUGCUCAUGCCACAUUUAAGCCCAUUAUUGGCUUAGCCCUGGCCUAUUAUAGAUCUGGGCAACUACAGGAAUCGUAUUCUAUCUACAAUUCAGUACUUGGCAGCGUUGUAGGCCAUGAUGAUGAAAAGGCUGCUACUAUUUUGGUUGCUAUGGCCUCCAUGGUUUAUGCUUUCCAAGGUGCCACCGAUACUAAGACUUUGCUCUAUCAAUGCAUAUUGUUAAAAGGCGUGCCUAUACAUGCAUUGUUCUCUGCCUGUGCUCUGGGUAUACUACAUCAGGACAACGAGCUGAUUAACCAUAUUCUGUCCGAGUUUAAGGCCUAUGAAUUCAAGGAGACACACUGUGCUGAUAUUGCCUUUCUAACAGCCCAUUGUUAUUUGAUUAAUGAAGGACCUCGACGUGCUCUGACCUACCUACAAACUCGUGUGCGCAUGUUUCCUCAAAACAACGGUCUCCGUAAGGUGCUUGUUAAAUUUCUUCUAGAUUACUUCAAAGAUGAUGAUGCCUAUAAAUGUGUUACAGCCAACAUGGGUUUGAUAGCGCUCAAAUUAGGACAUCAUAACUUACGGACCAACUUUAAGACCAAGGAGGAAGCUGAGAGCACCAUUUAUGCCAGUCGAGCUCUGGAGCAUGUAGACAAGCAGUAUUCGUUGAAGCUCAUCCAAUGUGCGAUUCGUCUUUGUCCCACCAAUCAAAUGUCACGACAGUUGCUGAAAGCAAUCACUGCAUAGCAGCAUUUGUAAGAUGUUU